AUGGCAAAGCAUGCACCAAUUAUUGUUAAAUCUUAUCUUAAUCACGUCGAAACAUUCGGCGGAGCAAGAGAAACAAAUUCUCAAGUUGCAGCUUUGUUAUUUAGGAUUUCUCCUGAUCAGAAGACAAUUGUAACAGCAUUAACUGAGAGUAUUCACUACUUUAACCAUACAGAUCCUCUUCCUUAUGUCUCAUUUGCUUAUGAAUGCGCAGUUGCUGCAGCAAACGCGAAAAUUGCAAUGAAUCCGAAUGAUUUGAUAACUAUUCUAUAUAAUGUCGCACCUAUCUGCUUGUCUAAUGUGAGAGUUACUCGUUCACUUGCUUUCCAUUUAGUAAUGGCAAUUUUCGGAAUUUCUGCAAAGAAUUUGAAUGAUUUACAAAACCAAGAUUCAAAGGAUACUCAAAAUUCAAAGGACUCUCAAAAUUCAAAUGCUCAGAAUAUUAAAGAUCCAUUAAAUGAGAUUGAUUUAGAGUUGUCUAGUGAAGCACUCCAAUCUGCAACAGUGUCACUUUUUGCUCGAAGUAUUUUAACUCAAAACGAAGAAUUUGCGAAAGCUUUAGUAGAUCUGAUAGUCAAGAACUCUAACAAAGCCAUCAGUCUUCCUAAUGCUAUGAUAUUGAGAGCAGCAAUUGGAAUUCAUGGCUUGAAUUUAUUCAAAACUUCGAUGUCGACAUUCCAGUUCAUAAUAGAGCACGCUUAUUCACGCGAUAGCAAUGACAAGGUCAGAUACCACCUUACUACUGCUAUUACUGCUUUCGCUUCCACGAAUAUGAUCUCUGCGAUCUCAUUAGUGCUUUUGACUGACCAAAUCGAAGUCAGGAGAUAUGUAGUCUCAAUGAUAAUCAUGUCUGAAGCGCGUAGAGACCUCUUCCUUAAGGAAUACUUCAAAUUAUUGAUAGAAAACGGAACAAUUUCGUUGUUUAGGUUCCUUUUGACUGUUAUUGAGUACUACUCUGUAGAAGAUAACAUAGGAACCUUCAUUUCCUGCAUAAUUCUUUGGUUAUCGAGCUUAAAUUCCCAAAUCAAAAAUAUAAGUUCGAAAGAAGUCAAAGAAUCGAGAAAUGAGAUCUUCCAAUGCCUACAGAAGUUGUUCCAGCACACAAUAGUCGGCAAAAUCUCCGAAAAGAACUUUAAUAUCGAGUUCAAUAAUUUUGAACAACUUGAAAAGACUCUUUACAACAUUUCAGUCCUGAUUUCGAACCUGGAAUGUGAUACAGUGUUCAAAAUCUGUGCAAAAGUCGGAGAACUCCUUAUUUCAAAAAGUGACGCCGAUAAAGUUUGUUCGACCAUUAUUUUCAUUUCACUUUUCUCCAUUUUCUCCAAAUGCACCAAUUUACAGAGCAAGCAGAUCACAGCGAAGCUUUCUGAGUGUCUAAACAUCGGAUUCAAGUCAUCAAACAACGAAUCCAGGAAAUACUUAGUUAUUUCAUUUUCAAACAGAAUUUCCUACUCCGAAAUUGAGUCUCUCCACAGAGAUCAUGCCACGCAAAUAUUCCUUUCUAUCUUGGAAAGUUUGUUCGAAGAGAAAACAAAGACAAUAGGAAAUAAAGAAGCUGUGACGGUUUUGACAUAUUUGAAUACAAAAAUUGACACAAAAAGUGUCAAAUUUGAUUUAUUCCUUAAUAGUUUGAGGAUACUAGUAGACAAUGUUUCUUUUUCCGUAGAAAUAUUGGAGUUAAUUGAAAGAUAUAUUAGUAUGAAAAGUGACAUUUCCGAAUUUCUGACAUUUGGCAAAUUCAACUUAGUUUAUUUUGUUGAAUUGUUAUCGAAUGAAAGAAGCGAUGUCAGGACGAGAUCUUCUCAGAUUAUUAAGAAACUAACAACGGGUUUGACAGAACAAAGUCUGAGAAAUAUGAUGAAAGCGAAAGAUUUGAUAAAUUUAACAAACGAAGUCGUGAAAAAGACAAAAGCUUUGACAGUAACAAACGAAGUUAUUGACUUCAUUUUUAAGGUAAUUGAAUCAGUAAUUGACGAAAAUGUUCAAGAGAACAACACUUUGAGAGAUGCCGCAAUGGCUCUCGCAAUAGAGUGCUACGGAUCUACUUCUGUAUCUGAGAGCGCUGAAAAACUGUUAAGAUUGUUAAUGCCAUAA